UGCUGAAGCCGGCUGAUAGGGAGUGUUCUCCUCACCGUCGUCCCUCCGUGUCCCUGGAUAUCCGUCGGCUUUUUUGACCUCCAGAUGCUGUAACUUGUUUUUUAAUAGAACGUACUCUUUCGCUCUUGUCUAGACCUGAGGCAAACCUGACAUAUAAGCUCGGAGAUGGCAACCUACCAGGAGUUCAUCCAACAGAAUGAAGACAGGGAUGGGGUGAGAUUCAGCUGGAACCUCUGGCCCUCAAGCCGUCUGGAAGCCACCAGACUCGUGGUCCCUGUCUCCUGCCUCUUCACACCCCUCAAGGAGAGGCCUGACCUGCCGCCGGUCCAAUACGAACCAGUUCUGUGCAGCCGAGCCAACUGCAAGGCAGUGCUUAACCCACUGUGUCAAGUGGACUUCAGAGCAAAAAUAUGGGCAUGCAACUUCUGCUUUCAGAGAAACCCAUUCCCUCCAUCUUACGCAGGCAUAUCAGAAGUGAACCAACCAGCUGAACUCAUGCCGCAGUUUUCUACAAUUGAGUACAUAGUACAGCGUGGGCCCCCAGCCCCUCUGAUCUUCCUCUAUGUGGUGGACACGUGUUUGGAAGAGGAGGACCUUCAGGCCCUCAAGGAGUCCCUGCAGAUGUCCCUCAGCCUGCUGCCACCCAAUGCACUGGUGGGCCUAAUCACAUUCGGACGUAUGGUCCAGGUUCACGAACUCAGCUGUGAGGGGAUCGCCAAGAGCUACGUGUUCAGGGGCACCAAAGACCUGAACUCCAAACAGAUCCAGGAGAUGCUGGGUUUAACGAAGCCAGCAGCAACAGGACACCAAGGCCGUCCAGUGGCCCCUCAGGAUGCCUCAGCCUCUUGCAAGUUCCUUCAGCCUGUGCACCGAGUUGAUAUGAAUCUGACGGACUUGCUUGGGGAGCUUCAGAGAGACCCCUGGCCUGUCCCUCAGGGCAAACGUCCACUCCGCUCCACUGGUGUUGCACUGUCUGUUGCUGUCGGCCUGCUGGAGGGUACGUUCCCCAACACAGGGGCUCGCGUGAUGCUGUUCAUCGGAGGGCCCCCUACCCAGGGCCCUGGCAUGGUUGUGGGUGAUGAGCUGAAAACCCCCAUCCGCUCCUGGCAUGACAUCCAGAAGGACAACGCUCGGCACCUAAAGAAAGCCACCAAGUAUUAUGAAGCCUUGGCCAACCGCUCAGCAGUAAACGGCCACAGUAUUGAUAUCUACGCCUGUGCCCUGGACCAGACUGGACUGCUGGAGAUGAAGUGCUUAUCUAAUCUCACCGGGGGCCACAUUGUGAUGGGAGACUCCUUCAAUACCUCCCUGUUCAAGCAAACCUUCCAGAGAGUCUUUAAUAAGGACUACAAUGGAGACUUCCGCAUGGCCUUUGGAGGUGUCCUGGAAGUCAAGACGUCAAGAGAGCUGAAGGUUUGCGGGGCCAUUGGACCGUGUGUUUCACUCAGCUCCAAAGGUUCCUGUGUUUCAGAGAAUGAGAUGGGCAUCGGUGGUACAAACCAGUGGAAAGUGUGCAGUCUCAACCCUUCCACCACUCUGGGCAUUUAUUUCGAAGUGGUGAAUCAGCACAAUGCACCCGUCCCACAGGGUGGCCGAGGAGCAAUCCAGUUUGUAACCCAGUACCAGCACUCUAACACACAGAGGAGGAUACGGGUCACCACCAUCGCCAGGAACUGGGCAGAUGCACAAUCCCAGAUUCAGCACAUCGAGUCGUCUUUCGACCAAGAAGCGGCCGCCGUGCUCAUGGCUCGUAUGGGAGUCUUCAGAGCCGAGUCGGAGGAGGGGCCCGAUGUCCUGCGUUGGCUCGACAGGCAGCUCAUCCGCCUGUGUCAAAAGUUUGGCCAGUUCAAUAAAGAUGAUCCUACAUCCUUCAAACUGUCGGAGUCUCUGUCCCUCUACCCACAGUUUAUGUUCCACCUGCGGCGGUCACCCUUCUUGCAGGUGUUCAACAACAGCCCAGAUGAGUCAUCCUAUUACAGGCACCACUUUGUGAGGCAGGACCUCACCCAGUCCCUGAUCAUGAUCCAGCCCAUCCUCUACUCAUACUCCUUCUAUGGACCACCAGAGCCUGUGCUCCUGGACAGCAGCAGUAUCCUGCCAGAUCGAAUCCUGCUGAUGGACACUUUCUUCCAGCUGGUUAUCUACCAUGGAGAGACCAUAGCCCAGUGGCGAAAGGCAGGCUACCAGGAAAUGGCAGAGUAUGAGAACUUCAAACAGCUGCUGCAGGCUCCUCUGGACGACGCACAGGAGAUCCUGCAGACGCGCUUCCCCAUGCCGCGCUACAUCGACACAGAGCACGGAGGCUCACAGGCUCGCUUCCUGCUCUCCAAGGUCAACCCGUCACAGACCCACAACAACCUCUACGCCUGGGGACAGGAGACAGGAGCCCCGAUCCUCACCGAUGACGUCAGCCUGCAGGUCUUCAUGGACCACUUGAAGAAACUGGCUGUUUCCAGCUCAGCGUAGACGUCUCUGUCCCACCACAAAGAAAGGAGGAGUGAUACCACAUUCCUGUUCUAACAUCGGGAUCCAUUAACAUUUCCCCUGUUUUUGAAAAGGAGCCAAAAACAGAAAGUCCUUGCUUGAUUUUUACAGUGUUCUCUCUUGAAUCAUACGUGACAUUUCCAUGAUGCAAAAAGGAAAGAAAAAGGGAGAAAACAGCACAUUCCUAAUAAGAAAACAAGUGUCACUCAUUUUCUUCAACUUGUUAUUUAUAAGAAGCGGCUCCAGUACUCUAGAACCAGCCUGUCCUCAUGAGAGCAAUAUCAAAUUCUCUAUUUCUGUUUUAUAUUUGAUAUCACCUCUGACAUGGAGAAUGAUUAGACUAAUAAUUUAAUGUGUUUUUGUUUGUUUGUUUGUUUGUUUGUUUGUUUGUUUGUUUGUUUGUUUGCUUGUUUGUUUGUUUGUUCUAAAAUGUGUGUCUACCGCAUCAGACUUGGUUGAAGGUGCUGUUUCAUAGGACACUUAUUUGUGUUUGCUUUGUCUAUAGCUAAAGAUGACAUGUCUAGAAUUUUUCUCAUUAAUAAAUUAUAAUGGUACCUCUAAUGCGGGUUGAGAAAUGUUCACACACAGGGCUAAUCGGUCUUCACGCUGACGACUUGUUAACCACAGUUCAUUUGACCAAAAAAAAAAAAAAUGGAUCCACAUGGAUUAUACCUUAAGUGUUUUCCAAGAAAAU